GGAAUGCGGCGGAGCCGGCCCGGCCGGGGGGCGGGCGCAGCGCUGCGGGGCCGGGGCCGUGUGCGCCCCGCGCCGCCAUGUGCCAGCCCCGCUGAUGGGGCGCCCCGCGCCCGGCGCCCCGCUGCUCCUGCUGGCCGCCGCCCUGCUGCUGGCCGGGCCCCGCGCCGGAGCGCCGCGCCCCCGCGUCACCGCCAACUUCGCCUGCAGAGUCAGGGCGGACAGUGCCCUCCCCAGGCCCCGGUGCCACCAGAAGGAGCAGGAUGGAGCAGCCCUGUCCCCGCCAGCCCUAGCUCUGAGCACAGCCCGGCUGUGCCAGGCCUCCCGCAACUGCCAGCCGUGUGUGCGCGUGCGCCUGGCCCUGCACACCGCAGGGCUGGGGAGCGUCUGUGGGCUGCAGCUGGAUUUCCUGGUGCUGGGCUCCAACAGGGCCAGCUGGCUGCAGGUCUGGAGGCGGCACCCGGAGGCUGCAGGCUCCCUGUGGCAGGUGCAGUUUGACUGUUUCCCGGUGGAGAGCGGGCGCCGUGUUCUGGUCUCGCUUGGCACCGUCCCUGACCGGGGGCUGAGCCUGAACCAGAGCCACCUGGUCCCUGCAGAGCCGGCAGGCCCCGAGUUCAGCUACGCCUGGCACCCGGAGGCUCGGGCCAUUGAGGUGUCGGUGCCUGAGGGUCCUGACCUGACAGUGCGGCUGUGCCACCAGCUGGCCCUGGAGUGCGAGGAGCUGUCCACCCCCUUUCCCCGACAGGCGCUGGUGUCGGGGGGUCACAGCGUUGUGCUGCCCUAUGAGUUCCUGCUGCCCUGUCUCUGCAUUGAGGCCUCCUACCUGCACCGCGACAGCCUCCGCACCAAGCUGUGCCCCUUCCAGGCCCAGCCGGCAGCUUAUGGCUCUGAACUGUGGGCGUCCAUGCAGUUCCAUGACUACAGUGCCAGCAGUGAGGCGACCAUGGCCAUGGUGCUGAGUGCCCGCUGCCCGCUCCACCCGACCGCCACCCUGUGCUGGAAGGAGAGUGACGCUGGGGCCUGCCACAGUAUCCCCAACUCCACAGCCAUGGAGUCCAACCAGGCCUACACCGUGGAGAAGGUGGAUGUUCACCCUCUGCUCUGCUUCAAGUUCUCCUACGGCAACAGCAGCCACGUGGAGUGCCCACACUGGCCAGACGCUGCCUGGAACGUGUCCCUGAGCGUCCAGUUCCUGCAGCUUCUCCUGCACGUGACCUCCCCUGUCCCGGCAUCCUUCAGCGCAGCCCUGUGCCGGUGGCAGGGGAGCCGCUGUGAACCAGAGCUGCCCGUCUACACCGUCACAAGCCCAGAGAGCUUUGGACCCAGGGAGCUGACCCUGCUGCUGCCGGUGCAGAUCCUGGGGGGCUGUGUGCUGGUGUGGCGCUCCGACGUGCAGUUUGCCCGGAAGCAGCUCCUGUGCCCAGAUGUUGCUCGCAGGCGCUUUGGGCUGCUCGCCCUGGGGCUGGCCCUGGCUCUGGGGCUGCUGGGAACCGUCCUGCUUCUGAACUACCGGAGCCUCCGGAAACUCGCCACAGCGCCGCGGGGCCGUCGGCCCGUCCUGCUGGUCUAUUCCCCCGACUCAGAGGAGCACAAGAUUCUGGUCUGCGCCUUGGCGGACGUGCUGCGCUCGGCGCUGGGCUGCGACGUGCGGCUGGACCUGUGGGAGGCGGGCAGCGUGGGGCGGCUGGGCGUGAUGCCCUGGCUCCACGUCCAGCGGGAGGUGGUGGCCCGGGAGCAGGGCACCGUGCUGCUCCUGUGGAGUCAGGGCAGCGCCCGGCUGUACCGGCUGUGGCGGGGGGCGGCCGCAGGCAGCAGUGGCUCUCCGGACCCCCACGACCUGUUCGGUGCAGCCAUGUCCUGUCUGCAGAGCGAGCUGCAGGUGGCCGCGGGGGCAGGGCAGCUUGGCGACUGGGCGCUGGCCUACUUUGGCGAGCUGUGCAGCCGGCGAGACGUGCCGCCUGCCCUGUGCCCCCUGCCCUGCUACCGCCUGCCGCGGGAGCUGGCUGGCCUGGCACGCCUGCUGCAGGGCAGCGCCCGGCCCCCCGCCUGCCCCUGGCCCCGCCCGCCGCUGCACAAGCUGCUCGUGUCAGAGAAGAGGAAGGGCCUGCAAGGCAGGGUGGAGCUGUGCCGGCUGCAGCAGCCCAAGGGGGCGCCCCUGGCCAGGCUGCCAGCCCCCCCAGUGGGAUCUGUGGGCCCCAGCCCCCGCGCCCCUCCAGCCAGGCCCACCUUGCAGAGACCCAGCUGCACCUGAGCAUGCUGCAGUGGGACACGUGCCAAGGCCCUGGGCCAGGGAAGGGGCCAGGGCGCUGUGGUUGGCAGGGGGCAGAGCCCUCACCAGGGGCCCUGGAGCCGCCAGAGCGGGGCUGGUGGAACGUGGCUGGGCUCCAGGGUGCCACAUCCAUUCCCCUGAGACCAAACGUGUCUGCAAGGGGCUGGCAGCCACGGGGCCCAGGAGAACCCAGGUGUCCUGACAAGGGGCAGCCUGUGAGCCUGGGUUUGCUCGGGGCUGGGAAACUGCCUGGGGCAAGGUCUGGCAGGGGCGAUGGGGCAGGGCCUGCCUCAUCCUCUGGUGACCAUUGUGGGGUCUGUUGCCAUGGCCGUGAGGGUGGAGAGACUCUAUGGCCCUGAGGGGGAGGGGCUGGGCCCCUGUGGAGGGGGUGGGGCUGGCCCUGUCCCUGGCCCCGAGGGGGCAGAGUCCUGUGGGAGCCCCCUGCCAUGCUGUCCCUGUGACCCUGCCCAGCGGAGGGAGCAGGCUUGCGGCGGAGGUGACCAAUUCAGGGGCUCUGCCUGCAGCAUGGCCGGUGCCCGUCACGCCCAGCCGGCCCGGGGCCCGGCAGGCAAGAACCCGCUCCCCACUCAGCUCGCGCGGCAGGCAGAGCCACCAGCCGGCUGGGUGCAGGAGGUGUCUGGACACUGAAUAAAUGAGUUUAUGACCUGUGA